UUUUGUGGGUUGAGGUUCUUUGUGAGUUCAUAUCCGUUUUGUGACUUGGUUACGUUCCUAUGUUAAAAUACUACAAUUAUGAGCUAGUAGGGGAGACUGUCCGUGAUCUAACUACAACAAGACAGCUGAAAAAACUGCCUAUUUUAAGUGUCGAUCUUGAGACGUCUGCUCGCGACGUCUUGUAGAACUGUUAGCAACAUGGAGAUUUUGAACUACAACUACUCGUAUUGUUUAAAAGUUUGUGUCUUGCUCCUCACUUUUAUGAUAAACACAGCUUACACAGACAAUUUGCCGUCGAUUUUAUGGGCUUCCUACGGCACUAUUUUCAAAAAUCUCAAAGGCUCCCCAAGGACUGUCUUCAUCAAAGACCAUAUAAACUUUAUAUGUCCAAACAAUGUUAUUUACGUCGAUAAAASCAACACAGAUUUAGACAAAGACAUGCUGUAUGCCAAUAUAUACAUGGUGGACAAAGAAGGAUAUGAUAAUUGYAAUGCAACUGGAGGAAAAAAAAUCRAAGUUUGUGAUGAUCCUUUGAAAGUUAAACAUGCAAAAGUAACAAUAUUCACAAUAGAUAAUCUACCAAACAGUCAACUACCGUUUUUCAAAGCUGGACACUUGCACUAUUUCAUAGAUACUUCAGAUGGAUCGCAAAAAAAUGUCAGCAAUUUAAUUGGUGGGAAAUGCAGAACUGAAAACAUGAAGAUGAAAAUGUAUGUUUGCAAGGAUAAAAGYGACAAAGCCUGCCCUUAUGGGAAUGAUGUUACCAAUGGAGGCUGGUCGUCGUGGGGACAAUGUUCCCAGUCUGGUACACAAACACGACAAUGUAAUAAUCCAACACCUUAUAAUGGAGGCUUUGGCUGCCAAGGUGACGAUAAAAGACCAUGUUUACCAUCAACAACAGCAGCGACAACAACGACAACAACUGAACCUAAUCAUACCAACAAUGACACAAUCACCCCAAAGAAAGAAAAACGAACUGGUGGAGUGGCUGAUACUUUGGGAACAUUAAGUGUUGGUGAAGCCGUYGCCAUAUUUCUUGCUGUUUUUGUAUUUGGUGUUCUUUUUGGUGUUCUUUUGGGCUUCCUUCUUGCUAGGACAACAUUUGCUCACCRGCAUUUGAAUAAUGUUCUAAGGCGAAAAACAAGUAAUUCAGCUGAUCAGUUUAACAGGAACAGCAUUGUGUCAACUACUAAAMUGCGUCCAUUUUCUACUGUUAGCAACGACACAACACUGACUGGAGUAACUGGUUUUACCAGCUAUAAUGACAUAUAUGAUGCCAGCACAUCUUAAAGCAAUUAAAUUAUUUUAUCAUAGUGAAUUAAUUUAAUCCAAUUGUUGGCCAUCGUCCUAGCUUUGUGUUGGUGAUCACAUCUGAGGUUUUGCCACAACCUGGUGACAUUAUCAAAAUAUCACAAAGCAGUGCAUGGUCUUUUUAAGACUGCAAUACAACAAUGAUCAUAAUCUUUACUGGAGUAUUAGACCCUGCCACACACAAUAGGAAAGUGCAUAUGCAAAAUGCCACUCCGAACAGCAAAAAUAUGCACUGUGCAUGCAGAUCAAAGCAAUUCAUGUGACAUUUCUCUUACAAAAUUUCCUUUCGUAUGCGGCGUAUUAUAUUCUCUCGCAAUUCAUUUCAUUUUUUCUCAUUAUUGUUCAGCUUAUAGUUCGCUGUUUGCCACAGAACUGCCAUUUAAUUUAAUUUGUAAAUAAUUCUUGAUUGAAUCUUAUACCAAUGAAGAUAUAACAGAGCUGUCAGAUGUAAAUAGUUUUAAAGAAAUUGAACAUUUUUUAGAUAAAAGACAACAUUGUCUUUGGGAUAGAGUAGUCUUGAACUAUUCAACAUAGUUUACUAGCACAUGUAAACAAUGAAAAUGAUGCUAUAAGUUUAUGGCACCCAUACACUGGAAAGUGCUACAAAUAUAUUUUGCCAAACAAUUUGUAAAUUCUAAAUGUUUUAUUCUACUUGUAAAAAAUUUCAAAAUAAAAAUUAUAAUUUUUCA